AUGUCUGUUCGAUUGUUAAACGAUGUUGAAAUACAGGGCUUGGAGGAUUUAUCUGAUGAAAGUAUCAUAGAAUUAUCGGAAUUGUCAGAUGAUUCAAGCACAGAAAACAGGAUUAUUCAUAGCAUUAAGAAAUAUAUACAACAAAUCCGAUACUUUGUUUAUGAAAAAAACUUCUGCCAUCUCACGAUUAUACAUUAUACACUUCUUGUUAUAUGGUUUUCUUUUCUAAUUAAUAACAUUGCAAAGUAUCAAAAGAGGUACCAAGAAAGUAGAUUGAGAGCGUCCCGAUAUUUAAAUACCAUCCUUUUUGGUUGCUCUGAUAUUUUGGCACAGUCAAUAACCUGCUAUUAUUCCCAACGUAUUGACCCAAUUCAUGGAGUAUUUGGUUCCACAACAAAUAAUCUAUUACAAAGAUUUCAAUCAACAAUCCUACCAGAAGAACCUAAUCUAGAUACAGGCUAUGAGAGUGAUUCAUAUUCGGUAUUCAAUGACUAUGGAAUUACUCCAGUACCCUCAAGGGAAUCUCACAUGAGAAGUUAUGAAAAUACUGAAGAACCCAAUAUUACAAAAUUUAACUUUACAAGAUUUAUCACUUUCUCUCUGUGGGGACAAUGCAUAUCGUUUUUCCAAGUCCCAUGGUAUAGAAUUUUAAAUUUCUUCUUCACGGAAGAUCCAUCCGUUGUACAAGUAUUUGAAAGAGUGUUAGCUGAUCAGUUACUAUAUUCUCCAAUUUUUUUAUUCUUUUUUUUUACUUAUUCAAAUUUCGUUAUGGAAAGAGGGAAUAAAGAAACCUUUAAAGUUAAGAUUCAAAAAUUAUAUAUUUCAACUUUAGGUUGUAAUUUAUUAGUUUGGCCAUUAGCGCAAUUAAUAAAUUUCUCAAUGAUACCGAAACCAUUCCAAAUACCUUUUAGUUCCUCUGUGGGUGUCCUAUGGAAUUGCUUCCUUUCAAUGAGAAAUGCAUCUGAUUCAAAGUCAUUAUAG